UGCUAACUUCCUGUUUGAGGGCGGAAGUUGAGCCUCUAGCUUCCGCUUGGCGGUUUGUUGACAUUAGCCGGCUGGCGGUGUGAGGUUAUUGUUCGCAAUGGAUCGGAAAAAACGAUUUACUUUUCAAAGGGCAGUCGGUGGUAAUAACCACCAUUGUUGUGUGCCACUUUGUACAGCCGGGGGGAGAUUCAACAAAGUUUUGAGCUUUCAUAGUUUCCCAAAGGAACCUACUUUACGCGCCCAGUGGCUUGUGAAAGUCAGAAGAGAAGGUUUCACCCCAACCACCAGCUCUAGAGUGUGUAGUCGACACUUUGAGCAAGAAGACAUAGUUAUCUCUUCUGUUGGAAAGCGGUGUCUUCGACCAAAUAUUAUUCCAUCCUUGUUCGGUUGGAAUAAUUACACCAAAAAAACUCAACGGCCCGGAGUUUGGGAUCGCCGGCCUCGAGCAACCCAGGCUUUGGACCGCGCCCCCGAGGAUGACCCCACCCCCGAGGAUGACUCCACCGUGGAGAUGGAAGUGGGUGAAAACAGUGUCUCUGGAUGUACUGAGUUGGCUUCGACACCUCUGAUGGAAGACCACGAUUACACAGCCAGCUCUUUCAUCGUGGUCGACCGUGAGAAAUUUGAGAGCAUGUCGAGGCAGAUCGAGGAGCUCACACGGCAGAUCGAAACACUGCACAUGGAGAGAUUUGGAUUGCAACGGUUUUCUACAUCACCAAGUGACAUUCGCUACUAUACCAGAUUUCCAUCAUAUGAACAUUUGAUGGCUUUUUGGGAUCUAAUUCAAGAGGCAACAAGCAGAAUGGUGAGAGUCACCAGUGGUCAGAAGAACCUCUCCACCAGUACAUCCACUGAGACCCCUAUGAACAGACCAACAAAACUGCUGCCAAUUGACGAGCUCUUCCUCUUCCUCAACUACCUGUCAACCGGGUGUACACAAAGGGAGCUUGGUCACAAGUUCAAUAUCCACAGAGCAACAGCAAGCAGAAUAAUUGUGACGUGGUCCAACUUUUUGUAUGCUUUGCUCGGAUCGCUCUCCAUCUGGAUGACCAGCAGAUCAGUGAGAGAAAACUGCCCCACAGAUUUCAAUGGGACCUAUGAGAACACCCAGGUCGUCCUUGACUGCACAGAGAUGAGAUGCCAAGCCCCUACCUCCCUUCUGCUUCAAAGUGAGGUAUUCUCCGCCUACAAGUCGCACUGUACCUUCAAAGCACUUAUUGGCAUGUCCCCCCAUGGAGCAUUGACAUUUGUGUCAGCACUUUUUGAAGGCUCCAUCAGUGACAAGGAGAUUUUCCGUCACUCCGGCAUCACCUCUCUCCUAACACCCGACAUGGAGGUUAUGGUAGACAAGGGGUUUUUGAUUGAUGAGCUAGUUUCUGGGAAAGUGCAUCGCCCUGCUUUUAUGCACAAACAGGAGCAAAUGUCAGAGGUAGACAUCCUUAAAACCCAGUCGAUUGCACGCCUGAGAGUCCACGUGGAGAGGCUCAUUAGGAGGGUCAAAGAAAACAAACUUUUUGACACGGUCAUCCCUCUCUCUAUUUGUGGCAGUAUAAAUCAACUGUUCACUGUUGCAUGUCUCCUCUCCAAUUAUCAGUACGGACCCCUGGUCAAGAAAUGGAUGGUCUGAUUUUCUGGUCUUUUUCAAAAUAAACAUGCUAUUUAACCAUACUCCAUACUGUUUUUUUUUUUUUAAGUGAUUUGUUGUUACUCUUUAAAUAAAACUGCUUUACUUCAUAAAUGUAGUCUACAGCUUUGUUCUGUGUCCUAUUGGCUGUGAUGGAUUUUUUAAAGAUGCAAAGGACCAUUUAUCUGUAAUUCAGAAAGGAAAAACACAUCAUAUAGAUUUCAAGUGAAAUGUAUUUGAAAGAGUAAAAUUUCAUUAAUCGUUAGCAUGACGUGUCACUGCCUGUUACGAACCUCUGCUCGUUAAAGAGGUGCAACAAAAAGGAGGGAGACAACUGAUAAAAUGUUUGAAUACGUUAUCAUUUAUUGAAAAAUCAAGGGAUAGGGGGGAAUUAAAUAAAGAGAAAGGAGAUUGCCCUUAAAUAAACAAAGCAUUCAAAUGAACAUGUACAAUUAACUUAAUCAUUAGUCACAUAAGAUUUAAAGGAGUCAUCUGCUAAAAUGAAAUCAACAACUCAUGCCACUGCCAGGUAUUUGUCCAUGUAUACAUUGAAGAAAAACAUGUCAAUCCCACGCUUCAUUGUUAGCAUCAUGCCCUCAUCCCUCUGGAUUCUCUGGAUGAAAACAUCAUCCUGGGCAGAGACAACAAAAUCGCACCAACUCAUACCUGUGACCAACAGUUGGCCCUGAACUUGCCAAUAGUAGGCAUGGGUCGGUUUGAGCUGCACUGAACCACUUAUUACCUUCAGAUAAGGUGCGUCUAUGUAAUUAGAAAUGUUGGGACAUUUUAUCUCUAAAAGGCCAAACUCUGGCUGUUCUAAUGGGUCAAAAACAACCCCAUCCGGCGAGGCACCAAUCCAAGGUGCAUCUGGGUGUACUACAAACCCACAUUUGUAGUGGUUGACUCUCUUUAUCUGGCAGUACUCCCAGACUGCAUCAGCCUCCAACUCCAAACCCCUCUUCAUAGCUGCGGUCUGCCGUAUCCCUCUAAGAAUGCGUUCCGCAAGUCCCUCUUCAGAGGCCUUGCCCACAUGACAGACUUCUCUGAAACGAGAUGCUGUCACCCGUGGUUUCCGAACAUUGUACCAAUCGGCACACAAGCUCUGCUCUCGGGUACCACAUUCGAUCUUAUGGGCCAAAUCCUCGGUGACUUGAAGACUUUGCAUGUGCAGUUGUUGUUUUCUGGAACACGCAAACAUGCACUCUGAUGGCUCAAGUCUGUAGGCCUGGAGUGGCAACGAUGGAGGGGGUGUGGCAUCAUGGAGAGCCUUUACCUGGUCUUUGGCAGGUUGCUGGUACGACACGGGACUUCCAUGUUGAACCUUUCCAAACAGCGAGUCCACUAGUGGAAUAUCUUCAGUUAUCCCCAUGCUGCAGAUCAUAGGGCGGUCAGCAGCAGCAAAGUCUUUGUAUACCUCCGACACCCGAAGAACUGAGAGGUCAGGAAGUUCCCCAUGAAGACCUUUGUACAGUUUGCUCCUGUAUUUUAGAAAACAAACACGCACACGCACACACACACACGCACACACACACACUAAAAA